UCCAGCUUUGUGUAAACUAUUUAAACAAAAUAAUCUUACACGUAAUUUUCUGAUCAAAAUCAUUCAUUCUUUCAUUUUCUCCGCCUUAUUUUUUCUCUUUCUCUCUCCAAAUCCAAAAUAAUCCCCAAUGGCGGGAGCUCGAAUUUCAAUGGAGGUCGGCAACGAUGGCGUCGCUCUCAUCACUCUUUCUAAUCCUCCUGUUAAUUCGCUUGCGAUUCCAAUAAUCAAUGGAUUGAAGGAGAAAUACGAUGAAGCGAUGCGUCGAAAUGACGUCAAAGCUAUCGUCAUCACCGGUGAGAAUGGGAGGUUUUCAGGUGGAUUUGACAUCAAUGUUUUCCAGAAAGUUCAUCAAACUGGGGAUGUGUCGGUUUUGCCGGAUGUGUCGGUUGAUCUUUUGGUCCAUACAAUUGAAGGUGCUCGAAAGCCGUCUGUUGCUGCCAUACAAGGACUUGCACUUGGGGGUGGCUUAGAAUUGGCUAUGGGAUGUCAUGCACGCAUUUCUGCACCAAAAGCACAACUUGGUUUGCCCGAGCUAUCACUUGGAGUGAUUCCGGGUUUUGGAGGGACACAACGUCUUCCCAGACUUGUUGGGCUAAAAAAGGCUGUUGAGAUCAUGCUGUCAUCAAAACCAAUAACAUCUGAGGAAGGAAUGAAGCUUGGCCUUAUCGAUGCUGUUGUGUCUCCUCAAGAGCUGCUGAAAGUAUCACGCUUGUGGGCUUUGGAUAUUGCAGAGGGCCGGAAACCUUUCGUACGCUCCCUCCACAUGUCAGAAAAGCUAGGUUCCAUCUCUGAAUCACAUGAAUUCCUGAUGGCAGCAAGACAAAAGGCAAAACAGACUGCUCGAAACAUGCCACAGCACCAAGCCUGUCUUGAUGUUAUUGAGGAGGGUAUAGUGCAUGGAGGUUAUGCUGGAGUCUUAAAGGAGGCCAAAGUUUUCAAAGAGCUAGUUUUAACAGAUACUGCCAAAGGUCUGGUGCAUGUGUUUUUUGCUCAGCGUAUGACAUCAAAGGUUCCAGGUGUUUCUGAUGUUGGACUGAAACCAAGACGUAUGAAGAAAGUUGCUGUUAUUGGUGGGGGCUUAAUGGGUUCUGGCAUUGCAACUGCCCUACUCUUAGGAAACAUAAAAGUUGUGUUGAAGGAAGUAAAUGCUGAAUUUCUUGACAGGGGAUUAAAAUCUAUUCAAGGCAAUAUAACAGGCUUAGUGUCGAGAGGGAAGCUGGUGAAGAACAAGGCAGAGAAAGCGCUUUCGUUGCUCCAAGGUGUAUUGGACUACUCAGAAUUUAAAGAUGCUGAUAUGGUCAUAGAGGCUGUUGUCGAAAAUGUUCCUUUGAAACAAAGAAUUUUUAGUGAACUUGAGAAAACCUGCCCUCCACAUUGCAUUCUAGCAACUAACACAUCAACUAUUGACCUCAAUGUGGUUGGAGAAAAGACCAGUUCUCAGGAACGUAUUAUUGGUGCACAUUUUUUCAGUCCUGCGCAUAUCAUGCCUCUCAUGGAGAUUGUGCGGACAAAUAAGACUUCGGCUCAAGUUAUUCUUGACCUCAUCUCAGUUGGUAAAACAAUUAAUAAAGUGCCUGUUGUGGUCGGUAAUUGUACUGGAUUUGCUGUCAAUAGGGCUUUCUUCCCAUACUCCCAGAGUGCUCAUCUUUUGGCAAACUUGGGAGUUGAUAUCUUCAGGAUUGACAGGGUGAUUUGUGAUUUUGGCUUGCCUAUUGGCCCUUUCCAGCUUCAAGAUUUAGCUGGAUAUGGAGUUGCACUUGCAGUAGCAAAAGAAUUUCGCGCUUCCUUCUCUGAUCGUACUUUUGAGUCUCCAUUAGUUGAACUUCUUGUAAAAAAUGGGCGUAAUGGUAAAAACAAUGGGAAAGGAUACUAUGUUUAUGGAAAGGGUAGCAAGCCAAAACCUGAUUUCUCCGUGCUGCCCAUCAUUGAAGAAUCUAGGAGGGUGACCAAUAUUAUGCCUGAUGGAAAGCCUAUAUCUGUAUCAGACCAAGAUAUUUUGGGAAUGAUACUCUUUCCAGUGGUAAAUGAGGCAUGUCGUGUUCUCGAUGAAGGAGUGGUGGUUCGAGCAUCUGAUCUUGAUGUAGCUUCUGUUCUUGGGAUGAGUUUCCCUUCAUAUCGUGGCGGUCUUGUUUUCUGGGCUGAUACUGUUGGGCCAAGCCAUAUAUACAAUUGUCUGAAGAAGUGGUCGAACCUGUAUGGCAAUUUCUUUAAACCGUCUCGAUUCUUGGAGGAAAGAGUUACCAAAGGCUUGUUACUGAGUGCACCUGCUUCAUCAUCAGCUUCAAAGUCGCGCUUGUAGGAUGUGACCAUGCUGACAGAGGAAUCAUUUGACAUUCCGUGGCUCACUACAUACAGUGAGAUGACUGAGAUCUAGUUUUAGCGGUUCACAUCAGUUGUUCAAUAAUUCCCUCCCCUUCACUCUCCUUUAGCCGUCCUCCCCUUUCCUCCCAAAGAUUGGGGUUAAGGGAAAGGAUAGAGAUCUAAAUAAAAGUAUUGUAACAAUCAAAUAGAUUGUUGAUUCAAAGAUGUGAAAUUGUAUAAAAGAAAGCGAGUUGCAUUUUAUUGCAGAAUAAUGUUGUAAUUUAUUGGAACUCCGCUCAAUUUCUCCCAACUAUGGUAUAUGAUUCACAAUUUUUGUAGUUA